AAAGAUAAAUUGGGUCUGUUGGUUGGCCCCCAAAAAAUGAACAUUGGAAUCUAACCUCUAUUUGCCCUCCAUUUGAUAUUUGCAGUCAUUUCAAAUAUCUCAGGGGUUGAAAUAAUUUUCAAAGAUGUUCAGCAGGUGUAACAAAUUGGUACUAAGUCAAGGUGCAGCGCAGAAAAGUGUAUGGUCUUGCUUGAGAUCUUUGAUCAAGAAUGAUUAUGCUACCGAAGCGACUUUUGAGUCAAAGCCAUUCAAGCUGCACUUGCUUGACAAUGGUCCAUCUCAGAAGUCAACGAUCACGACUGAUGAAGCAAUCGAAAUGUACACUCAAACACAGAUGAUCCGACGUAUUGAGACUGCAGCUGGCAAUUUGUACAAAGAGAAGAUUAUCAGAGGAUUCUGCCAUCUCUACUCCGGACAAGAAGCGAUAGCAGUGGGCAUGAAGUCGAUGAUGCGGCCGCAGGACUCUGCGAUUUCGGCGUACCGCGUGCACGGCUGGACAUACCUGAUGGGCGUGUCCCCACUGGGCGUGCUGGCCGAACUCACUGGCCGCAAGUCGGGCUGUUGUCGCGGCAAGGGUGGCUCCAUGCACAUGUACGCCAGGAACUUCUACGGCGGCAACGGAAUCGUCGGUGCUCAGGUGCCACUGGGCGUAGGAGUGGCGUUCGCAAACAAGUACACGAGCAACGGCGGGGUAUGCUUUGCACUGUACGGCGACGGAGCGUCGAACCAAGGUCAGGUGUUCGAGGUGUACAACAUGGCCAAACUGUGGAACCUGCCGGUCGUCUUUGUCUGCGAGAACAACGGCUAUGGCAUGGGUACCAGUGCUGAGCGAUCGUCUGCUUCGCCCAAUUUCUACACGCGUGGCGACUACAUUCCAGGCAUUUGGGUUGAUGGAAUGGACAUAUUGGCUGUUAGAGAAGCAACACGGUUCGCAAUCGAUUACUGCACAUCUGGAAAAGGGCCUCUGGUGAUGGAGGCUGCGACCUAUAGGUACUCGGGGCAUUCCAUGUCUGAUCCCGGCACUUCCUACAGAACCCGAGAAGAAAUCCAGGAGGUUCGACAGACCAGAGAUCCUAUCACUUCUUUCAAGGAGAAAAUCAUCAAUGCUGGACUUGUUUCUGCUGAUGCAUUGAAGAAAAUUGAUGGAGAAGUGAAAGCGGAAGUGGAUGCUGCAGUGAAAAUCGCCAAAAGCGAGGCUGAAAUCGGCCUCGAUGAGCUAGCCAAUGACAUCUACUCCAACGACCUAGAAAAAGAAAUCAGAAGCACAACGCCCUUCCUCUUCUACAAGCACAAUAACUCGUCAGGGAAGAAACCUAUCAACCUAUAAUAGAGCCAAGCUCAUUUUACAGACGAUUCAGAUUUGUAAACACGUUUAAAAUUCAAUCUUUUUGAUAUACAGCAUUUAUCCGAGAAAGCAAAGAAGUAUUGCUUCAUGUUUUUUAUAGUUCCGUUACCCAAGCUUCUAAAGGAAUGAAAUUUCAGUGUCAUUGGGUAUUUUCAAUUGUGCGUUUUCUAGUUGCAUGGGUUGAAGCUUUAAUUAUUCUAUUUAUUUGUUAGAAAUAAUUUUAUUUAUUUCGAAUUAUUUUUCAAUUUGAUUCUUGCUCAGCUAGAUGAGUAUAAAUACUAGUAAUUUUAUUUGAAGUGUUUUUUGUUGUUUGAAAAAUAGAUACUGAAAUGGCUUUAAAAAAGUUGCUUCAAUCGGAGGAGCUUCUUCUCUUAGAAAUCAAUCGAUUAGUUGCAAUGAUCAGGUUAUUUUUGUAUUCCAUUCCUUCCUUAGCAUUUCGUUUGCCCGAAUUUGUGAAACAGUCAGGAAUUUAGCAUGUACAUUCCAUUGUAAAAUAGCUUUGUACAAAAGAGGCAAUUUUUAUUGUAAUGAUAAUGUAUUUAAUAGGCUUGUGUCAAUUGAGCAUUGAUGGAUAUUUUAUACGAAAAAUAAAUAAUAUUGAUGAUA